GCUGCCGCCGCCGCCGCCGCCGCCGCCGCGUUCGGGCGUAGAAUUUGGAGUCCCCGCGCCUCGUUAACAAUGAAGCAGAGUUCGAACGUGCCGGCUUUCCUCAGCAAGCUGUGGACGCUGGUGGAGGAAACCCACACCAACGAGUUCAUCACCUGGAGCCAGAAUGGCCAAAGUUUUCUGGUUUUGGAUGAACAAAGAUUUGCAAAAGAAAUUCUUCCCAAGUACUUCAAGCACAAUAACAUGGCAAGCUUUGUGAGGCAACUGAAUAUGUAUGGUUUCCGUAAAGUGGUGCAUAUUGACUCUGGAAUUGUAAAGCAGGAACGAGAUGGUCCUGUUGAAUUUCAGCAUCCUUACUUCAAACAAGGCCAGGAUGACUUGUUGGAGAACAUUAAAAGGAAGGUUUCAUCUUCAAAACCAGAAGAAAAUAAAAUUCGUCAGGAAGAUUUAACAAAAAUUAUAAGUAGUGCUCAGAAGGUUCAAAUAAAACAAGAAACUAUUGAGUCUAGGCUUUCUGAAUUAAAAAGUGAGAAUGAGUCCCUUUGGAAGGAGGUGUCAGAGUUACGAGCAAAACACGCACAACAGCAACAAGUUAUUCGAAAGAUUGUCCAGUUUAUUGUUACAUUGGUUCAGAAUAACCAGCUUGUGAGUUUAAAACGUAAAAGGCCUCUACUUCUAAACUCUAAUGGAGCCCAAAAGAAGAAUCUGUUUCAGCACAUAGUCAAAGAACCAGCUGAUAAUCACCAUCAUAAAGUUCCACACAGUAGGACUGAAGGUUUAAAGCCAAGGGAGCGAAUUUCAGAUGACAUCAUUAUUUAUGACGUUACUGAUGAUAAUGCAGAUGAAGAAAAUAUCCCAGUUAUUCCAGAAACUAAUGAGGAUGUUAUAGCUGAUCCCUCCAACUGUAGCCAGUACCCUGAUAUUGUCAUUGUUGAAGAUGACAAUGAAGAUGAGUAUGCACCUGUCAUUCAGAGUGGAGAUCAGAGUGAACCAGCCAGAGAAUCCCUAAGUUCAGGCAGUGAUGGCACCAGCCCUCUCAUGUCUAGUGCCGUCCAGCUAAAUGGCUCAUCUAGUCUGACCACAGAAGAUCCCGUGACCAUGAUGGAUUCCAUUUUAAAUGAUAACAUCAAUCUUUUGGGAAAGGUGGAGCUGUUGGAUUAUCUUGACAGUAUUGAUUGCAGUUUAGAGGACUUCCAAGCCAUGCUGUCAGGAAGACAGUUUAGCAUAGACCCAGAUCUCCUGGUUGAUCUUUUCACUAGUUCUGUGCAGAUGAAUCCCACAGAUUACAUCAAUAAUACAAAAUCUGAGAAUAAAGGAUUAGAAACUACCAAGAACAAUGUAGUUCAGCCAGUUUCAGAAGAGGGAAGAAAAUCUAAACCCAAAACAGAUAAGCAGCUUAUCCAGUACACCGCCUUUCCACUUCUUGCAUUCCUCGAUGGGAACUCUGCUUCUACUGUUGAACAGGGAAGUACAGCAUCAUCAGAAGUUAUGUCCUCUGUAGAUAAACCCAUAGAAGUUGAUGAGCUUCUGGAUAGCAGCCUGGACCCAGAACCAACUCAAAGUAAGCUUGUUCGCCUGGAGCCAUUGACUGAAGCCGAAGCUAGUGAAGCCACACUGUUUUAUUUAUGUGAACUUGCUCCUGCACCUCUGGAUAGUGAUAUGCCACUUUUAGAUAGCUAAAUCCCCAAGAAGUGGACUCCACAUGUAUAUAUUCAUCAAAAUGAUGAACUAUUUAUUUUAAAGUAUCAUUUGGUACUUUUUUUGUAAAUUGCUUUGUUUUGUUUAAUCAGAUAACUGUGGAAUCAGAAGCACCUUUUGCUUUUCUCACUAACCACACACUCUUGCAAAGCUUUCAGAUGUUACUCAGCUACAUAGGUACACAGGAUUUAAUGCACAUUAUUGGCAAAUCUCUAAGUUGGAUUCAAAUGGCCAUUUUUCUCCAAUUGUAGUAAAUUGGAUUUCUUUUUUACAUAUAUGCCCAUUAACCCCAGUUACACUUUUGUUUGUUUGUUUUACUUGUUUGAUGCUGUCUGUUUGCAUUGAGUGUAAGUCACUAGAACUAAUGGUAGACCUCCUAAAACUUUCUCUGUUCCGGUUACUUUUAUUAAAUAUUUUUCACUUGGCUUAUUUUUAAAACUGAGAACAUAAAGUGCCUGUAUCUUGUAAAACUUCAUUUGUCCCUCUUGGUUCAGAGAAGUUCAUUCAUGUUCAACAGGAAAGGCAAAGUUUACUUGAGUGCUUACUGUCUGAUGUGGCUCCAGCUCCACAUACACAGAAAGAAGGGGGUAGGAUAUCGUCAACUCCAUCCCCCUCGUUGGACUAGUUUUAAGUAAAAGUUUUCUGGUUUGUGUUUUUUGAACCAUACUGUUUAGUAAAAUAAAUAUAAUGAAUGUUGCA